AUGGCUGUGGGCCGGAUCAGCAUGAAAUCCCUGGCUGAAUGUGGGAUCUGUCUGGCCAUCCUCCUCACUGCUGUGGCUGACUCCUUAGAUGUUCUAGUUUCAUAUGACUCGGUUAUCUCCAGGAUAUUAAGAACAGGCAGCCACUGCUUCGGCCUCUGGGAGAAGAGUCCUCCAGGGGAGGUCCGCCUCGUCAAACAAGGAUGCUGGACUCACCUGGGCGACCACCAGGGUUGCCGUGACGACCGCUGCGUGGUGACCAACCUGCCUCCUCAGAUCCAGAACGGGACGUACCACUUCUGCUGCUGCGGCAGCGACAUGUGCAACGUCAACUUCACCGAAGACUUCCCGCUGCCCAGCCCCACCACCGCACAGCCCAUCUACCCUCGCUCCCUGAGCCACGAGGAGACCAUCAUCAUCGCCCUGGCGAUCGUCUCCGUGCUGGCCGUGGUUGCCGUGGCAGCCUUCUUCGGUUACCGCAUGAUGCACGGAGACGGGAAGCAGGGUCUCCACAACCUGAACAUGAUGGAAGCUGCAGGAUCAGAGAGUUCUCUGGACCUGGACAACCUGAAACUGCUGGAGCUGAUUGGGCGCGGCCGGUACGGCGCCGUGUACUGCGGCUCUCUGGACGAGCGUCCCGUGGCGGUGAAGGUGUUCACCGCCGCCAACCGGCAGAACUUCCUCAACGAGUGCUCCAUCUACCGGCUGCCACUGCUCGAACACGACAACAUCGCUCACUUCGUCGCCGCCGACGAGAGAACCGGACCUGAAGGACGAACAGAGUACCUGCUGGUCAUAGACUACUACCCACUGGGCUCUCUGAACCGCUACCUGAGCAUCCAGACCAGUGAUUGGGUGAGCAGCUGUCGUCUGGCUCACUCAGUGACUCGAGGCCUCGCCUACCUGCACACGGAGCUCUUCAAAGGAGACCUGUACAAGCCGGCGGUGUCCCACAGGGACCUGAACAGCCGUAACGUGCUGGUGAAGGCUGACGGGACCUGCGUCAUCAUCGACUUCGGUCUGUCCAUGAAGCUGACGGGGAACCGGCCCGCCAGGCACGGCGAGGAGGAGAACGCCGCCAUCAGUGAGGUGGGGACGAUCCGCUACAUGGCCCCUGAGGUCCUGGAAGGAGCCGUCAACCUGAGGGACUGUGAGUCGGCCCUCAAACAGGUGGACAUGUACGCUCUGGGACUGAUCUACUGGGAGAGCUUCAUGAGGUGCACCGACCUCUUCCCUGGAGAGUCUGUGCCAGAGUACCAGAUGGCGUUCCAGGCGGAGGCGGGGAACCACCCCACGUUUGAGGACAUGCAGGUCCUGGUGUCCCGGGAGAAACAGAGGCCCAAGUUCCCCGAAGCCUGGAAGGAGAACAGCCUGGCGGUGCGGUCCCUGAAGGAGACCAUGGAGGACUGCUGGGACCAGGACGCCGAGGCCCGGCUCACCGCUCAGUGUGCCGAGGAGCGCCUGGCCGAGCUGCUCCUCAUCUGGGACCGCUCCAAGUCCGUGAGCCCCACGUUGAACCCCAUGUCCACCACGCUGCACAACGAGAGAAACCGAAUGACGCCGAAGUCGGGCCCGUACGCGGACCACCCCUCCAGCUACAUCGAGGAGCACGAGGGGGGCGUGGCCAAGAACACGGCGGCGGCGGACCCCACGGGGUCGGUGGGCGGGCGGACGGGGCCCGGGGCCCCCGGAGAGAGGAACCGUAACUCCAUCAACCAGGAGCGGCAGCAGCAGGCCAACGCCCGGCUGCCCAGCCCCGAGGGCAGCAGCACCAGCACCGGGCUCCGGGGGAGCCCCUCCGCCUCCACCACCACCACCACCAUCCUGUCCGACUCCGAGGGGCCCCCGGGGGCCACGGUGCCCGUCUGCCUGCACCUCACCCAGGAGGACCUGGAGACCACCAAGCUGGACCCCAAAGAGGUGGACAAGAACCUGAAGGAGAGCUCCGACGAGAACCUGAUGGAGCACUCCCAGAAGCAGUUCUGCUCCCCGGACCCCCUGAGCCCCGGCAGCUCCAGCCUCCUCUACCCGCUCAUCAAGAUGGCGAGCGAGGCGGCGGGCUCCUCGGACGCCGCCGCCCCCCCGAUGCCCAGCGCCAUCUUCCCCCUGCCCAAGCAGCAGAACCUGCCCAAGAGGCCGUCCAGCCUGCCGCUGCGCUCCAAGCCCGCCAAGAAGGAGUCCACGUCGCUCCGCUUCAAGUUCGGGCGCUCGGGGAAGUCGAACCUGCGGCAGGUGGAGGGCGCCAAGAUGAACAUUGGCGCCGUGGCGACGGCGGGAUCGUCCGCGGAGGCUCACCGCGGCACCAACAACACGCCCGCCCUGAGGGACGCCACCAGCAGCGGGAACGGGGCGGCCAACGGGCACGCCAGCGGCGGGAUCUCCUCGCUGUCUGCGGGCGGCGCCGCCGGCUUCACCGCCAUCACCCAGAACGGCUCCGGCGCCAUGCGGUCGGCCAAUGACGACGGCCGCCUCAGCCUCGGCGUCAUCACGGCGAGCCCCGACGAGCACGAGCCGCUGCUGAGCCGCGAGCGAGAGCAGCCGGACCCGCGCGACGCGGCGCCCGGCGGCGUGGCCGUGCUGCGCUCCGCCCGGCCCAACGCCAACAACAACAACAGCAACACGGGCCACGGCCGCGGCGACGGGGAGAGCGGCGGCGAGAGCGACGGGGCCGAGGAGGAGGGGGGCAGCGGCGAGGGAGGCAGCAGGGACGCCACGGGGCCCGCCGGGGACAGCUCGGGGUCGGGGCCCGCCGGCUCCGCCCCUCAGGGAGCGGCGCCCGUCACCAUGAGGGGCGAGGCGCUGCUCCGGCAGCCCAGAGCUCGCCGCCCGGAGAGACCCAACUCCCUGGACCUGUCCUUCACCACGCAGGACCUCGCCGCGCUAGGGGCCGACUUGGUGCAGCCCGAUGGCGCCACCGGAGACAAGAUCAAGAAGCGCGUGAAGACGCCGUACUCUCUGAAGAAGUGGCGUCCGACCACGUGGGUGAUCUCCACGGACAGCCGCGGCCCCGAGGUCAACAACAACGGCUCGUCCCGCGGCGGCGGCGGCCCCGGCCACGCCCCCAGCCGGCCCAAGUCCAGCUCCGCCAUCUACCUGCGGGGCGGCGGCGGCGAGCCCGGAGACACCCACGUGUGACCCACAGAGAGACGGACGGACAGACAGACAGUCAGACAGACGGACAGACAGACAGACAGACGGGAGGUUCUGUCCCAAUCAGCAACAGGAAGCUAGGAGUGUGUGUGCUGGUGUACAGUGACGUGUCUCUGAUGACGGCAUUGCUUUAAAUGGAUCCAGCUAUGCAGCAUUCAUCGCUUCUCUUAUUAAUCUUUUUCUCUUUCACCCUCAUGAGCGUAGCAAUAUUUUUUCAAUGGAUUUCUUUGUUUGCGUGCACUUUGAACAAGUCAAUCAGUGUUUAGACUCCCGACCGGCCCGCCACGGCGAGCGGUCUCUAAACUAGAAGCAGCGACGAGCAACAAUCAACACUUGUAAAACUAUUAUUAACCGUCUUAAAAGACAAAAACAGACUCUUUUUAUUUUCCUUGAUUUGUAUGCAAUACCAAUGUAUCCAUUCUCUUUUAUUUUGUAUCAUCAUUUUUUAUCGUGCAAUAGGAUUUUAGCUUUUAUUAGAUGCUUUUUGAUGCUUUUCCAUUAUUUGUUUUAUGUUUGAUAUGUUAUAAUCUCUGUUGCACUUAUGAAUCGUUUGAAACAAUCCACCGGACUCGAUUAACCCCCGACUCUCUGAGGAGAAACUCGACAAUCCUCCUCUCUCUGCUUCUCUCUGGGGAACAAACACUAACAAUCAGCUGGAAGAGACCGGAUCCUCACAGACUCUCUGCUUGCACAAAUCCUACAGGACGGCCCGACCCGACCCGGCCCGUCUCUACAAAUCCUACAGGACGGCCCGGCCCGACCCGGCCCGACUCGGCCCGUC